AUGAAGGAACUGGAAGAAGAGGAUCUCAACAAUCCCAGUGAUAAGAGCAGGGAAGAUUUGAAUGGGGGACAGGCAAAAUACUUUAAAUGGAUGAACCAUCAAGAUAGUAUUCUGAAACAAAAAGCUCAAAUCAGAUGGUGGGAAAAAGGAGAUUCAAACACCAAAUACUUUUAUAGUGUUAUCAGAGGACGAAGAAGAAGGGCGCAAAUAUACAGAAUCAAGAAUCAUAGAAAUAGAUGGAUUCAAGGAGACAAAAAGAUAGCCAAGGUUGCAGUUCAUCACUUUGAAAAACUAUUUAAUUUUUCUCAUAUUUUUGAUGAUUUUAACAUUAUGAACUAUAUUGACACUUGCAUUACUGAUGAGGAAAAUAGCGUUCUUAUUGCAGUCCCGGUGUUGGACGAGAUUAAGGAAGCAGUCUUCAAUAUGAGUGCAACAAGUGCUGCAGGUCCUGAUGGUUAUUCAGCUAAGGCCCUACUAGUACAAUUACUUUUAGGUCUAUUACUUGCCUCAUUCUCAAAGCUGAGCCAUGUAAAAGGCUUUGAUUUGCCUACUAUUGAUGAUACAUUGCCUGAUUUGGGCUUCCAACCACUGCAGAUUACCCCAGGCAGAUUUCGACCUCGACCGGGGACCGAGAAAGAAUUUCAACCUUCACCGCGGGUGCGGUUAUCACCACCUCCUCCGUCACCGUCACCGUCACCACCUCCACCCCUGGUUUUCCCCCCAACGCCAUCGUCACCAUCACCACCAGGUAAUAAGUCACCAUCUCCACCUCCACCUCCACCUCCAGAGUGUAAGCCAUCACUGAAACCACCUCCACCACCACAGGUUAAGGCACCGUCUCCAGCACCAGCAAAUCAACCACCUCUUCCUCGGGCACCAUCUCCAUCACCAGCGAAACAGCCAACUCCAUCACCAGCAAAACAACCAUCUCCAUCACCAGCAAAACUACCAACUCCACCACCAGUUACGGCACCAUCUCCAUCACCACAUGCAAAAAAACCACCGCCGCCUCCGCCAGCUUCUCCACCAUCAAUUGCUAAUCCAUCAGUUAUGGCACCAUCUCCAUCACCAGUAGAGAAACAACCCUUUAUUCGACGGCGACCAAUUAAACCGAUAAUUCUACCUCCAUUACUUCCCACCGCCGAGACUAGAACCGUUAAGGGCCUUGUGUACUGUAAAUCUUGCAACAGCUAUGGGGCUCCUAUUCUCCUCAACGCCUCCCUACUCCAAGGAGCUUCUGUGAAGCUAGUUUGCUACAAUGGAAAGAAGGGAAUUAUUGAAUCAGCCACGACAAACAACAAUGGUGUGUUUCUGAUCACGCUCAAAUCUUUAAGUGGAGCAGAUAUCAGCAAGUGCAGGGUAUACUUACUGAAAUCACCAAAUCCCACUUGUAAUGUACCAACAGAUUUCAAUGGCGGUAAAACAGGUGCUCUAUUGAAACAAGUUGUACCACCUAAGCCACCAAUUGUUACCCCUGCCAUGCGUCUGCCGGAACAACCACCCAUAUUUGAUUUCUAUGAUGUUGGACCUUUUAUUUUUGAAGCAUCAAGCAAAUUGCCAUGCAUGACUUACUAG